GGGCGGGCGUGGCUCAGUCGGUCAGUGGUGUGCGCGGGCGAGGUGUGUGGUUGUCGCAUCGGUUUUACCCAUUCUAUCGUCAUUUGCGUUUUUAACUUUGUUUUAGAAGAGUUUUAACUUCACGAUGACGACUGAGACCGAGACCAAGCCCGUGGAGCAGACGGAGGAGAAGAAGGAGGAGGUGAAGGAGGAAGUGAAGAAGGAAGAGGCCGAAACGAAUAACGCCGAGGAGAAGGCUGACGACAAGGCGGAGAAGGCGGACAAAGAGAAGAAGGAGGAAGAGAAGAAGGACGUGAAGGUCAAGAAGGAGCCUGCAGCGCCCAAGCCCGCCGUUCACAAGCAGGACUUUGAGAAGGACGUGGUGUACCUGUACCAGUUCACCCGCACGCCCGUCCUGCCCUCCCUCAGCCCCUACUGCCUCAAGGUGGAGACGUGGCUCAGGUUGGCCGCGCUCAGAUACGAGAAUGUGGACCACAAAAUGAAGUACAAGAGCAAGAAGGGACAGUUGCCCUUCGUCGAGGUGAACGGGGAGGAGAUCGCCGACUCAGCCAUCAUCAUCAAGGAGUUGGGCACCCGGUACAACACAGACCUCGACGGCAGCCUCACGGCGGAACAACGCAACGUCGCCCACGCCACCAUCUCCAUGAUCGAGAACCACUUCGCAUGGGUGGUGAAGUGGUGGCGGUGUCGGUGCCCCGGGGAGUGGGUUAGGGCAGCCAAGCUCAAUCUUCAACAGGCCCUCAACACCCGCAUACCCAAUGCAGUCCUCAACUUUGCCUUCAAGCUGCGUUACCGGCAGGCUGCCAAGAAAGUCCGUGCGCAUGGCAUUGGCGUCCACAAACCUGAGGAGAUUGAGGAGUUCGGGCACAAUGACCUGAUGGUUCUAUCUGACCUCUUAGGAGACAAGCCCUUCUUCUUUGGAGAUUCCCCCACCUCGCUUGAUGUGGUUGCAUUCGCCAACCUUGCCCAGGUCGCAUUUAUGGAUAAGGAAGUCACAUAUUCUCUCCGGGACUGGAUGACUGAAAAUUGUGCCAACUUGGUAGAGUUCUGCAACCGCGUCAAGGAGCGUGCCUUCCCUGACUGGGACGAAAUGUGCACAACCCUGGACUUGAACUCUCACCUACCCAAGCCACCCCCAGAGGAGAAGACUGAAGAGCAGGGUGAGAAGAAAGAGGAGAAGACCAAGGAGGAGGAGAAGAAGGACGAGAAGGAGAAGGAUGAUACUGAAAAGGAGAAGGCUCAAAAGGAUGAAAAGGAAGGAGAGAAGGAAGACAAUAAGAAGACAGAGGAAAAGGAGAAAGAAGAGGAGAAAAAGUAAAUUGAUUAUUUGAAGUUGUUGAAAUAAGUGGAGAACCAAAUCUAUUUGUAAUAUAUGUGAUAAAUGUUGUUUGAAAGGCUUUUUUUGCUUGAUACACUUUGUAUAGAUCUUCUUGUUAGCGUGGAACACAAGCACCUCCCCGUGCCGACUUAGCCCUUAACGUUUUGGUAGCCACUAUCAGAAAUAAGCUCGUUCAUACCUUCAUUGUUUGUGGGAGAGUUCAAACAGUAAGGUCUGAAGCUUUUGGAGGGACCAGGGUGGUCUUGACUGGUGUUGCCCCAGGCAGGCCUGUAUAUUAUAGUGUUGGUUGGGCUUUCAUGUUGUAGAGCGCAGAUCAGUCCCAGAUUGCCAGAAAUUUCCUCUCCCUUGCUGUUGGAACUGGUACCAAUUCUUUGUAGAAUUCUUUGCUCUUGAUAAGUGUGUUGUAGUUCACUACUGACUGAUUCCUUUUCACUGAAGGUAAUGACAAGAUUUAUAUUCAGAUGGAAAUUCUUCAGAGGUCAAGUUGAAGGUUUGAGCUGGUUGAGUCAUAAUCUGUGUGGCUUACAUAGCUUGUAGAUUUAUUCCAUAUGGUUUUAAUUAAGUAAAAUUUUAAGAGCAGUAUUAUUCAUGGAACAUGAGUUUGCUACUUUUAAUACCAUGACAAUGAAAUUUCUUAAUUCUCAAUUCUUUUUUAUGACUUUUGUACUAUUAGUUUGUACAUUACUAGCUUUUAAUAUGGCAACUAGAACAUUAUGAUAGUUUAUACAUAUGAAGUUAUUUUGUAAUAAGGAAAUACUCAUUUUAUAGGUUCUCUUUGAUACCAGAGGGAAAACUCCCCACCGCUUCUUGUGAUAGGAAUGCUCAUGCUAAGCAGGUGGUCUGUCUAGGGUUUUUGGUCUGAAUCACUGCCUGGCUGCUGCGGAGGGUUGGGCAAGCAAACCAUUCCAGUUGGUAGUUUACUGUGGAGGGUCAGAGAGGCUUCACCUUGUGGCUGACAUAUUAGCUGGUUAGUAGUUGUGUCAGAAGCAUGUUACAUACUUAUGACAAGAACCCAAGACAGCCCCUCCUUGGACACCCCAAAAUCUGAUUGAUCCAAAGACAGCUUUACGGCACCAAAGUAGUCACUAGGGACCAGAGUGCCGCACAAUCAAAAUUAUAGUAAGGCACAAGGACUUGUCUGCUAAGAAACUCAGUGCUGAGAACAGGAUAUACAUGGUAGUUCUAAGGGAUUAAGAAUUUUUUACUAAAGGCAAUGCACAGUAUUUUCGGUCGAUAAUUGUGCUGUGAUAACAAAAACACCAGUUUUCUAAGAAGUGCUAAAUAGAAGUAAGCCAUUCAUACAUACAAUGAAGUUUAUAGCCUUGUGCUUAGUCCAAAUUGUGAGAAUGAUUUAUGCUCCAAUUGCUAAUGUUGGCCCUAGAAAUCUUGCUAGACCCUUCAAAGUGUAUGAUACCAUGUUCGUACCCUAGCUUUUGUACACUUGGUACCUUAAGGCUUCAGCAUUGGUGUAGUAGGCAAUAUAACUGGCAUUUCUAUAAUAGGCACAUACACCACAGUUAUCAUGUAUACACAGACGUAUUUAUGUUCCUCAAUAAAUGUAUCCUUUUAGGAAUAUUUAACCUCAUUCCUGCACCCUGAUCCAAGGGGGGACGUGCAGUGGUGUGCCCUCGCUGGUUACUAUAUUUCAUCAUUUUUUGUUAUUUGUAAUUUAUCAAUUUUUUAAUGUCUGUUGUGGAGAUAAAUAAAUUCUAAGACUUGA